AUGGAUCUCCUCUUUCAAAAGUCCCUCACCGACGUCAUCAAAUCCCUCCGCGCCGCACCAUCCCCCGCCGAAGAGGCCAAGAUCCUCGCGAAAACCCUCCGCGACGUGCGGCGCGAAGUCAAGUCGUCGGAUCCGCGCAGCAAGGCGGCAGCACUAGAGAAGCUCCUAUACCUGCACAUGCUGGGGCAGGCGGGCGGCUCGGAUAUCGCGUGGGCGGCGUUCCCGUCCGUUGAGGCCAUGGGGUGCCACCGCAGCUUCGCCGUUAAGUACGUUGGUUACCUCGCCGCCGCGCAUAGUCUCUCCUCGGCGCCCGACGUGGCGGUUCUCGCGACGCACCAGCUGCGGAAGGAUCUGACCGGGCAGCACCCGCACGACGCGUCGCUCGCGCUCUCAUGCAUCGCUUCGGCGGCGCCGCCGGGGCUGGCGGCGGAGCUCACGACGGAGGUGGUGGCGCUGCUGAACGGCACGCGCGUCGCGGGGCGGCGCAAGGCCACUCUGGCCAUGCUCAGAAUUGUGCACCAGCAGCAGAUGCAGCAUCAAAGUAGAGCGAGCGGCGGGGUUGGAGGAUCAGGAGAAACAGGCGGAGACGACGACGAGCUGCCUGCGCUGCUCGCGAGGCUCGCGGAGCGCCUGCACGACAGCGACAGGGCAGUGGUAACCGCCGUGGUGUCGCUGGUGUGCGAAUUAGUCCUGCACGAGCAGCACCAGCGGAGCACCAGCAGCAGCACCCCUAUCGAUCCAACCCUCCAAUCCGGCCCUUCACAAGCACAGCAAACCCAGCAGCAGCAGCAGCGCGCGGCCUCGGGCAAGCCACUACCGUCCAAGUACCUGCCUCUGGCGCCCGAUCUGUUCCCGCUACUGCACCCGUCGUCGUCCCCCUGGCUGCUCAUCAAGCUCGUGAAGACGUUCGCCGCGCUCGCCGCCGCGGAGCCCCGCGUGGCGCGCAAGGUGGCAGAGCCCCUGGCGGCGCUGCUGCGCGCCACGCCCUCCAAGUCGCUGCUGCUCGAGAGCGUGCGCGCCGUCGCGCUCAGCAUGCGCCACGUGGACUCCCUGCGCCAGCUGGCCAUCCGCGUGGCAGCCACGCGGCUAGUGGCGAACGAGCCACUGGCUGCGGAUCUUGGCACAGGCAGCGCAGGGGACGGUGGGGGCAGCGGCGCUGGCGGUGCAGCGGCCAGCAGCAGUGGCAGCACUUCUGGUGCUGCGAGCGCGGCAGCACCGGCAGCGGUGGUGGGAGCGCACGACGCGAACGUACGUCUGCUGGGGCUGCGAGCACUGGAGAUGUUCCUACCGCACCACGCGCUCGAGGUUCUACGCUUCAAAUCCGCCAUCAUCGCAUCACUCGACGACGCAGACCCCGCCGUGCAAUCCGCGGCGCUGCGUCUGAUCACGGCGCUCGUCACGCGCCCGUCGCUCGUGCCGUCGGUGGCGGCGCUGCGGCAGCGCAUGGCGGGGGCGGCGGCGGUGCGCAGCCCGCUGUGCGGCGAGCUGGUGACGGCCGUGCUGCAGAUGUGCGGCGCGGGGGGGUUUGAACGCGUGGCGGAUUUCGUGUGGUACAUAGACGUGCUUCAGGACAUCUGCUACGUGGCGAUUGUGGGCGGGGGUACCUCCACUGCCAGCCUCGCCCUGCCCUCACACGCAGGUGCAGGCGCAGCAGCAGCAGCAGCGGACGAGAGUGUGUGGUCACUGGCACCCCUGGGAGACCCAUCAGCCAGUUCCCAUGGAUACAGUCGCAGAGUGAGUGGUGCCUCCGGUCUCACCCACGCCCUAUCAGCCGGAGCAGCAGGGGCAGAAGCAUGGGCGGGCAGUGAGAGGAGCAGGGAGGUGGGGCGGCACCUGGUGGCGGUGGCACUGGGGUCGCCCGUGCCGGUGGCAGACCGGGCGCGAGUGAGAGCAGCGGCGCUGCACCUGGCGCUGCGCCUGGUGGGGGAUACAGCGCUGCUGAGGAGCAGGGCGGGCGGCGACCACGUGCUGGCUGCUGCAGCGUUCCUCCUGGGCGAGUGCGCUCACGAGCUGCUGCCCCGGGGUGCUGGUGCUGCUGCAGAUGCAGGGGCGCGUGAGAGCAGCAGCACUGGCAGUGGCACAACCGCGCUCUCUGCUCCAUCCCAAUCCCCCUCUGCACCACCAUUGUCAAGAUCAGAAUCAGCAGGUGCCCUGGACUCGACUCUGUCCUCCCUGCUCGCCUCGCUGCUUCAGCCAAGUGUGCUGCUUCUGCCCCCGGCAACCCAGGCUGUGUUCCUACAGGCCGCUCUCAAGGUGCUCCUCGCCCUCACAGCGCAAGCCACACCCACGCGCCUGCUGCCAAGGGGGUCAUCACCACCAGCAACUGGGAGCAGCCUUGGAGCAGGAAGCGAAUCGCCAGGCUCGGUAACUAGUGGUGGCUGUGCUGCGGCAGGGACAGAAGCGCGGUGGACUGUGGCAGCAGCGGCAAUGGCAGAGGCAGCAGGAGCAAGGGGGAGCGGAGUGCAUUGGGUGGUGCAUGUGCUAGAGGAGGCACGUGAGCGGCUGGUGCCGUUCCUGCAGUCUGCUGAUGCAGAUGUGGCGGACAGGGCCUGCAAUGUGGCUGCUCUGCUGGGCCUGCUGCUGCCUCUGCUGCUAGAGUCUGUGCGCGCUGAGAGGCAGGUUGAUCAGGAAGGGCAGGAAGGAGGAGGGGCAGCAGGAGAAAGUGAUGUUGCUGGAAGCACUGUGGAGGGAAAGCCGGUGGAUUGGGGAAAUGCAGGCGUGGGCGUGAAUGAACAGCACAAGCAACAGCAGUUGGAGCAGCAGUUGCUGAUGCUUUACACCUUGGCCUCACUCUUCUCUGCCUCCCAAUUUGACGCGGCCGCACCCCACCCUCCUCUUGCGCUCACACCUCCGGCGUCUAAAGUCACAGCAGUGGGAGCAGCAGGCAAGCAGCAGCUACUGCGAGCUGUGGAGAAAGCAGCAGUGGCGAUGGGAGUAGGCCCUCCUGGUGCCAUGCCUUGUGGCAGCAGCAGUGGUUAUGGUGCUGGUGCUGCUGCUCUGGCAUGGCUGGACGCUUUUGGGCAGUCAUCACACGAUGAGUGGGAUUCUGGUAUCCUCUUUGUGCGCUCGCUGCCACCCCGCUUCCUGCCCACCUCCUCCAUCCCCUCUUCCUCCUCUGCCAUUCCUGGCAGCAGGACAGCAGCAGCAGCUGGAGGGGCAGGAGUGGCGCUGCAUGGUGGUGCUAUGGGCUAUGCUGUGCCUGGACAAACGAUGGGUGGAGGGGGAGGAGGGGGGGCAGGCGGUGCGAGUACGACCCAGCAGGUGGGUGCUGGGGUGGAAGGCAGCACGGAGGAGUGGCGCAAGCGCAACAGUCUCUUUUACCUGCCAUCAGGGGGUUCCCCCAAGGCAGAGGGCAGAGGCAAGGAGGUGCAGAGCAGGGAAGGGGAGGGCAGGGGCAGUGCAGGGGGUGCAGAGUUUUCUCCUGGUGCUGCUGCUGCUGCUGCUGCUGCUGCGUCGAGUGUUUCAGCGAGAGGAGAUUUCCCGUCGGCUGUGGGUGACUAUGACUACCCACCUGCCGUUGGCGACGAGGCUGUUGCAGAAUUUCUGCCGUCGAGAGGGUCGGGGGGAGGGAGCAAGCGAGCACCACCGUUAGCCCCAAAUGCGCCUGGGUUCUUCGCGUCAAUUUCCGAUGAAAACUACUAUUCUCUCACCGUGCCCUUCUCACCCUCACGCCUUUCUCCCGCUCUCCCUCCCUUCUCCAUGCACGUCCCGCGGUCCUCCUCGUCCUCGUCGUGCUCUCUCUUCCGCCUCUGCGGGCCUCACGUGCUCCUCCUCAUCUACCUCCUCGUCCGAUCUACUCUCACCACCACGCUGCUUCUCCACCUCCCUCAGAUCCACCCGCCCAUCACCUCCACUAUCAUCAAUACCACCACUCCCACAUCUGCCACAUCAUCUGCCACCGCUCCCACCAUUCCCUCCACUCCCAUCACUCGCACCGCUGCCACCGCCAUUCCCAGCGCCUUCCGCGCCACCGCCGACGGCGGAGAGAGCGCGCGUGAGUGGGGCGCGGGGGAGCAUGCAGCGGAGCAGCAGAUGCUGAGACUCGCGGACAAGGCUUUCCAGAGAGAUGAUGGGGAUGGGGAUGAUGAUGAUGAUGAUGAUGGGGAUGAUGAUGAUGAUGGGGAUGAUGAUGAUGAUGGGGAUGAUGAUGAUGAUGGGGAUGAUGAUGAUGAUGAUGGGGAUGAUGAUGAUGAUGAUGGGGAUGAUGAUGAUGAUGGGGAUGAUGAUGAUGAUGGGGAUGAUGAUGAUGAUGGGGAUGAUGAUGAUGAUGAUGAUGAUGAUGAUGAUGAUGACGACGACGACGACGACGACGACGAUGAUGAUGAUGACGAACAGCUUCCUUGCAAUUUCCCUCCCCCUCCCCCCUUCCCACCCUCCCCUUCCCCUCCUCCCCUCCCCGAUCGCACCCCGCCGCCCCCCUGGUCUCCUCUCACCAAAUCUAUCACAACUUCUCAUUGCAUAGCCUCGUCCUCCCAUUACCUUCCGUCCGCCUCCCAUCAUUCCCUUUUUCUCCACGUGCCCCUACUCUCCCCCAUUACCUCCUCGCGCCGGCAGCACAACGAGCAGCGGCGGCAGGCGUGGGCGUGGGAGCGCAAGCAGGCGAUCGCAGCGGGGCGAGAGGACGAGGUGCAGGGGGGCACGGAGGCCACGCUCUCACAGCUCAUCCCCACAUACCCCUGCCCCAGGGAGCAGCGCCUGGGGGUGUGGGCCGAUGGGGGCAAGGUGGGGGCAGUUGAUGGGGGGAGGGCUGGCUGGCUGGUUGGUGGGGAGCGAUUUCAAGGUGGUGCAUGUGCCGUGCUUGUGGGGUCAUGGCUAUGUGCAGUGCGGUCGGCCUUCCAGCGCCAUCCCGUGGUCUACAGCAUCGGCAGCAACGAGGAGGUCUCAUUCGAGCAGGACAUCGGUGCCCUCCUGCACACCACGCCGCUCACCUUCGACCCCUUCGUGCCACCCGCCUUUGCUGACUUCCUGAACCACUCCUUCCACUGCCUCUCCUUCUACUCCACCGGCCUCUCCUCCCAAGCAAGCCUCGAGAAAACCCGCGCAGCGAACCCGGAGCAGAAGUUUUUGACGCUGCCCGAGCUGAUGGCAGAGCACGGGCAUGCGUAUGUGGACGUGUUAAAGCUGGACUGCGAGGGGUGCGAGGAAGAGGUGCUGCUGGAGCUGGGCUCUACUGUGUACCCCUCACAGCUACCCCUCGUGGGGUGGCCGAGAGCGGAGAGGGAAGAGGAGGAGGAUAUGGGGGGUGGGCGGAGGGAAGGACGGCGGGAGGUGGUGGUUGGUGGUGGUGGAAGGAGGGGAUUAGCGGGGUCGGGGGUGGUGGUGAGAGGCGGUGGCGAGGGCAUGGUGCGAGGUGGUGAGGGGGAGAGAGUUCCAGCGGUUGGUCAGAUACUGGUGGAGAUGCACAGCACUCUCACCAAUCAUCUCGUACCUCUCCAUCUCCUUCCCCCUCACCUCUCGUCACGCCUCCCUCGACCGCAUGCCCACCUGCCCUCUCUCCCCCUCCCCAGGGUGAAGGACUCAGCAGCGACACUGGCAGUGGUGGGGCAUCUAGAGCAGCUGGGGUACCGUCUCUUCCACGUGGAGCCCAACCCUGUCGCGCCUGCACACUGCGUGGAGCUCGCCUUCAUCCACAGGCGCCUCGUUGACGUUUGA